AUGGAAAUACACAAGGUCCAUAUUAAAGACCUCUAUCUUGGACAGAACAAGACCGUAGACGAGGUCAGGUAUGACAUGGAAAUGAACCACAGCUUCACAGCCAGCAAAACCGAAAUUGAGAGACAGUUGAGGAAAUGGAACUUCAAAAAGAAUUCAAGGCACAGUCUCAAUACCCAACUUCUGAAAUAUGUCAAAGUCGGAUUGGAGGAAUGGAAGAGGCUGUCGAAGGACACCGAUGUCUAUUUUCGAGGCGUCAAGAUUCCCAGCCCUCAGAUACAGAAGAGUGCACAGCGAUGCUUUGUUUCCUUCACAGAGAGAAACAAGUGUGAGUACAUGCCCAACACGACGAGCAAGCCGGUUUUGAUAAUUGGCCAAGUUCCGACGCUUGAAACUCCAUCAGGACUCGUUCUCAUCACACCCAGCUCGGAGCAUUAUAUGGCUUGUAUCAAAUCGAAAGACCUUCCUUGGAUAUACUUCCAGAAACAAAUCGACAGCCUGGCAUCCUCGAUAUGUCUGGACAGAUGA